AUGACAGCAGCUCUAAUAAUAAAUGUAAAUGUUGAUUUAGCUGUGUUUGUAUCAGUUCCAGAGAACCCAGAAAAGGUGUUUGUCCUAAGAAAAUUUGAGGGGAGACUUAGAAAUGGCAAAAAUUUCACAAAAAGGAGUGAUGCGUGUGACAUAAUCCCAAAGGUGAGUGAAUUAACAGAGAUGACACUUGAGGUUUUACCUGCUCAAGGGACCAAAAGGAAGGCUGACACAAAGCCGGAGAAACAGAAAGUCAAAGACGCCAAGACAGUUGUGGCGGCCAAAGCGAGCGAACAAAAGGCUAACACAAAAAGAGGGACCAUCAAAAGACUCAAAAGUACGUUACCAGUGAAGACAGCGAUAGCUGAAGCGACCAUAGCAAAGUCUUGCACAAAACCUGAGACUUUCAUAAGGAAGCAAAGGUCCAAAGCCGCAGAAUUGUCUAUGACGGCUACAGCGACCAGGUUAGUGUCUGGCCCAAAACAAAAGACUCUCACAAGUAAGCAAAAAGUCAAAGCCAAAAAGUCACCUGUGAAGGCUGUGCAAGUUAAAGGAAUCAAGGAAAAGUCUGGCACAAAAUCUGUGGUUCACAUAACGAAACAGAAGAGCAAAGUUGCAAAAAAGCUUGUUAAGACUGUGCCACAAAAAGGGACCAAACUGAAAUCUGGCGCAAAACGAAAGACCACAAGUAAGCAAAGAGUCAAAGUCAAAAAGUUACCAGUUAAGGCUGUGCCGGUAAAAGUAUCUAAAGUAAUGUCCGGCCAAAAACGACAUCAUCUCCGCCUUGAGAAGACUGUCGGGACAAAGGCAACAAAGCGGAAGGCUGAUGAUAUAAGAGAAGAUUCCACCAGAAAGAAGCAGCGGGUUGAAGAUACCGUUGCGAUCGAGAAGAAUCUUCUGGCUCAUGGCAGCAACAGACCAUCUGGCACAACCCUCAAAAGGGAGCAGAAAGGCAAACCAACUGAAGGGUCUGUCAACGCGACCAAACGUAAACACAACACAAAAACCGAUACUUUCAUAAAGAAGCAGAGGGUCAAGGAUACCAAAGUUUUGUGGAAGACUAUGCAGGAUAAAGGCAACAAGAGACACUGUGUCACAAAAGCAGAGACCCUCAUAAGUGAGCAGAGAGUCAAAUCUACUAAGGUGUCUGGGAAAGCAGCGCCACCUCGAGGACCUUUGGAAGACAAAGCAAACUGGGUGCAUGAGAAAGCUCUGCCAGCCGAGAGGGAGUCUUUCCUGAAACCAAAGACGUCUUUCUUAGAGCAAAUGAAAACAAUACUCUCCAGUGCAACAAGCAGAACCACGUUUGAGACCAGAUAUGAGAAGUUUGCCAAGAUUGGCGAAGGAGGCUUUGGAUCAGUCUAUGCAGGUCACAGGAAAAUCGACUAUAAUCCAGUGGCGAUCAAAUACAUUCCCAAAGCAAAAGUAAAAAAUGUCCCAUUGAGCAUAAACGGAAAGGUGCAGAAGGUCCCCUUGGAGGCCGUCUUCAUGCUGCAAGCAUCCAGUAUUAAGAACUCGGAUGGGAAAUCAGCAGUCGUAUCCCUGCUGGACAUAUGCGAUCUGGAGAAAGACGUCGUUCUGGUUAUGGAGAGGCCGGUCCACUCUGUGGCUUUGUCUACAUACUUGACCCGGCGGACACUCGGUCUCCUUGAGGAGGAUGAGGCAAAGUACAUCAUGAGGCAGCUGGUCGACGCCGCCAUCAAAAUGCACGCUGCCAACAUCUUCCAUCGAGAUCUAAAGCAGGAAAACAUUCUGCUGGAGGCCUCGUCCGGCGUCACCCAAGUGCGGGUCAUAGACUUUGGCUGCAGCUGCUUAGUCAGCAUGGAACCAUACCAUGACUAUUUUGGAACCUUAAAGUACGCUCCUCCAGAGUAUACGCAUAAGCGUCCGUAUUGCGCCGGUCCGACCACAGUGUGGCAUUUGGGUGCGCUACUUUUUGAACUGCUGGAUGGUACGCAACGAUUCGACACGUGCAUGUUCCUUUCCAAGGGGCUUCAACUAAAUAGGGAUCUGUCUGAAGAUUGUGGAGAUUUAUUGUGGAUGUGCUUGAGUUUAGACCCGACUCAACGUUGCACCCUGCAGCAAAUGCAGUGGCACCCAUGGCUACUCUGAUACCAGCUCUCGUCCUCACCAAUAUCACCCUUUUUUUAAUCAACUUUUUUUUUUUUUUUUUUU